AUGUGCCUGCAGGGAAUUAGAGGCCCUUCUUACAGACUUGUCAAUGGAAACGCCAAAGAAAUCUUGAACAUGAAGAAGGAAGCCAUGAGCAAACCCAAAGGUCUAUCACAUGACAUAUUUCCUGUAGUUCAACCUCAGUAUCACUCGUGGCUUAAGAUAUAUGGGAAGAUUUUUCUUCAGUGGUUAGGAACUGAAGCUCAGUUGGUAGUUAUGGAACCUGAAUUGUGCAAAGAGAUACUAAUUAACAAAGACAGAGUUUAUAUGCAAAAGAAACAAGAAGGACUUGGGAAGAAGCUAAUAGGAAACAGCCUUGGGACUUCUGAAGGAGAACAGUGGCUAAAACAUCGAAAGCUGGCAAACCAUGCCUUACAUGGACAGAGUUUAAAGAAUAUGAUUCCAGAAAUGAUAGCUACUGCUGAGAAGAUGCUGCAGAGGUGGAAAAAUAGUGAGGGCAAAGAGAUCGAGUUGUAUCAAGAAUUUAGGUUGUUUACUGCAGAAGUGAUUUCCAGGACAGCAUUUGGCAGCAGCUACUUAGAAGGGAAGAACAUUUUUGACAUGUUGACGAAGAUAUGCUUGCUAGUGUUCAAAAAUUCUUAUAAGAUCAGGCUUCCUGGUAUCCGAAAAUUUUUCAAAACCAGUGAUGAAAUUGAAGCAGAGAAGCUUGAGAAGGAUUUACGCUACACGAUAUUAGAGAUUGUAAAGAAAAGAGAAAACAAGGUAGUGGUGAAGCAAGAUGAAAACAACUUUGGGGACGAUUUACUUGGAUUACUUUUGAAGGCUCACCAUGAGGACAGUAAUGAUAGAUAUAGGGUCACGAUAGAUGAUAUAAUUGAUCAGUGCAAGGCAUUAUACUUUGCUGGACAAGAAACAACUAAUGGUUUGCUGGCUUGGACUGUCCUUCUUCUAGCACUCCAUCAGGAUUGGCAAGAGGAAGCAAGAAAAGAAGUCCUACAAUUAUUCGGAAAACAGAAUCCAAGUUCCGAUGGCAUUUCCAGACUAAAAACUAUGAAUAUGAUCAUCAAUGAGUCUCUAAGGUUAUAUCCUCCUGUUAUUGAACUUGUAAAGAAAGCUGAAAGAGAAGUUAGGCUGGGGAAGUUGAUUGUUCCUGCUAAUAUUGAUUUGGUCAUUCCAAUUGUAGCCCUUUACCAUGACACUCAAAUUUGGGGACAAGACGCCGGACUUUUCAAACCGGACCGAUUCUCAGAAGGGGUUGCAAAAGCUACCAAGGAUAACAUGGCUGCAUUCAUACCAUUUGGAAUGGGACCUAGAACUUGUGUAGGUCUCAACUUUGCCACCACUGAAACUAAGAUUGCUCUGUCAAUGAUUCUGCAACGCUACGCCUUCACUCUUUCCCCGGGAUAUGUCCACUUACCUCUUCAUUUUAUUACACUUCGCCCGCAGAAUGGAGUUCAAGUAACUCUACACUCCUUGUGA